UGACCCUAAAACUCUCUUUAUCCUGACACAUUAGUCUUGAUCUUUUCUUUUUGGCUCUUAUAUUCUAUCAAAGAACCAUCCACCAGAACCCAAAUUAUUCAGUUCUCCAUCUUGAAUAAAAUGGAGAGGACCGGAGGCAUGCUUGUAUGCAUCUUGAUUGUGCUCAUAGACAUAGUGGCUGGUCUUAUCGGAAUCCAAGCACAGAUUAUUCAAAACAAGUCCACACACCUGAGAAAAUUAGUGUUUGGAUGCAAAGAACCAGUGCAUCAGGCCUUCAUACUAGGUGUUACUGCUGCAGUUCUGCUGUCACUGGCUCAUGGCAUUGCUAUUGUUUUUGGUGGUUGCCCCUUUGUCUUCUCCAUGGAUAAGUCUAAGAGAUCAUCAAGAAACAAGAAAAUGGCUUUUGUUGUCUUGAUUUUAUCAUGGUUCAUUUUUCUUGGAGGACUUGUGAUGUUGAUAAUUGCAGCAAUAGAUAAUUCCCCAGGGGCAAGACUUCCGUGCAGAAUUUCACAGCUUCAUUUUCUAUCGAAUGGAGGCAUAUUAUGCUUCAUUCAUGGAGCCUUUUGCGUAGCAUAUUUUGUCUUGGCUACUGCAUCAAUGGAAGAAACUGAAAGAAAGAAUUGAAACAUCUCCUCUUCAUGUUAUCAUUUUCUCCAUUUUCUUCUUUGUUGUACUUACCAAAUUGUUUCUUGUAAUUAGAUCUUAGAUCAA